AUGGAUACCUCAGCAGACCGAGCCAGCUCUCCCGACAAUAAUAAUGAUCUUUUCGACUAUGACGUUGGCCUAGACGAAAUCUUUCAAGGACAUAACGACGCGUCAAACAAUGAUGCCCCAAAGGCAACAGGAGAUCCUUCGUCUCUCGGACUUGGACUGGACGAGGAGGUCAAAAUCACCAAAAAGCGACAGCCGAUUGCAAAAUUAGACGAGGCUCGUCUACUUUCCCAACCAGGUAUCCCCAAGCUCCGACGCACAGCUAAGGAAAAGCUUCGAUUCAAAGGCAAAGGACAUGAGGUCAGUCAAUGUCUAUUUGUGUGUAGUAUUUACACAGGACUAACAGAAGAGGUUGAGCAGUUUUCGGAUGCCGGCCGCCUAUUGAACUUCUAUCAACUGUGGCUGGAUGACCUGUACCCUCGUGCAAAAUUUACUGAUGGCUUGGCUAUGAUCGAGAAACUAGGUCAUACCAAACGCAUCCAGACUAUGCGAAAAGAAUGGAUCGAAGAAGAAAAACGGAAAGUCUUUGAAAAUGUCACUGAAACAAGAGACCUUCCCACAAGGCUUUCUUCGGAUCAGAAUGGCGGGGCAACAAAGGCGACACAGCCAGCACCGGGUGGAUCAGGUUCUCCAGAGAAUGAUUUGUUCAUGCCAGACCCUGAGGGAACAACCCGACAGCCGGUUAGCCAUCCCGAGCCCGACGACGACGAUCUGGAAGAUCUAUUGAGAGAGCAAUAUGAGGAUAUAUCAGGGGGGCCACAGCCAGCGAAGCAGGUGUCGAACAUUGGACCCGAUGAGGAUGACCUGGACGAUUUAUUGAGGGAGCAAGAUGAGGACAGAGGACCGCAACCAGCGAAACAGAUGUUGAACGGUGGACACGAUGACUUCGAUGCCGAAUAUGAAGCCAUGAACGAAAUGGGACUAUAG